AUGUUGUCCACAAUCAUACUCGCCGUAGCCAUCGUGGUACUAACCCUCACGUACCUCAGAGGCAAAUACAAUGAAAACUACUGGAAGAAAAGAGGAAUAGUCUUCUACAAUAGGAAUAAAACCCUUGGCCCUUUGUGGGAGUACAUGACUGGAGAAAGACCAUUGUUCCAAGUGUUUAACGAACUGUAUUGGAGAUAUGAAAAGGAACCUGUUGUUGGAUUGGGCUCGCUGGACUCGCCUGGACUGUAUGUAAAGGAUCCAACCAAUAUUCAGUUCAUCACACAAACUGACUUCCAGAACUUUAGCCACAGAGGCGUUACAGUUUUAGAAGAAGAUUACCUGGCCAAUAAUGUUCUGUUUUUACACGGUCAGAAAUGGAAAGUAAUCAGACAGAAGUUGACACCGAUUUUCACAACAGCGAAACUGAAAAACAUGUUCUACAUUAUUGACAAAAGCGCCCAGGACUUCAUAGAACAUUUGAAGCAAAACCCAGAAAAACUAAAAGGUGACACAUACGAACAUUUAAGUCAUUUCUGUACCGCUGCUCUCGCGGCUGCUGUAUUUGGAAUCACUACAAAAUCCACGUUUGAUUCUCCGUUCCGUGUAAUGGCGAAACAAGCAUUAACUCCUACAUUAUUUUCAAACAUUAGGUUCGCAAUAAAUAACGUCAGUGAUAAAGUCUUUAGAGCAUUGAGACUAAAAUUCUUCAAAGAACAAGAGGGCUUCUUUAUUGGAGCUAUUAAAGAGGUACUCAAACAACGCAGAUUAGAUACUACUGCCCGACACGACUUCAUAGAUUUGUGUAUUGAUCUUCAAAAGAAUGGUCCAAUGGUGGAUAGCGAUACUGGAUACACGUUGGAACCUACAGACGAGCUACUGGCAGCUCAAGCGUUCUUCUUCUUCUUAGCUGGCAUUGACCCCACUACUGCUGGAGCAUUUGGACCUUUGUAUGAAUUGGGUAAACACCCAGAAAUCCAGAAGAAGGUACAAGAUGAGGUAGAUGCUGUCUUCGAGAAAUACGGCGGCAAGCUGACGUAUGAUGCAGUACUGGAACUGAAGUACACCGACUGUGUAUUCAAUGAGGGUCUUCGUUUGCAUCCUCCAAUUGGCUUCAACACGCGGCAGUGUGUGCAAGACUCCGUUCUGCCUGUCGGCAAUGUGCCUGUUGAGAAAGGUACGAAGAUAUUCAUACCUACAUAUGAGUUGCACCACGAUCCUAAAUAUUUCCCGGAACCUGAGAGGUUCGACCCUGAUCGCUUUGUUAGAGGAGAGGUGAGUGAUACGAUAUACAUGCCAUUUGGUAUUGGUAAAAGAUUGUGCAUUGGUGUACGAUAUGCUCGUAUGCAGAUCCUGACUGCUUUCGCCCAUCUCUUAAGAAACUACACACUGGUCACGCACAUUAAAAAAGGCGGUGUACAGUAUAGAAAGGAGCAAUUCCAAGUGCGGCUCGAUAACUGUGAUAUCGAGUUGGUGCCCAGGGAACAGUGA